AAUUUAAAGUUAUCAGUUUCACAGCGAAGGUAUAUAAGCUUGUUAGUAAGAAGUCAGCAUUUCAUUUAACCAAUAUGGGUUUGUGUCGAACAAUAGUGUUGGUGACCUUUAUAGGACUACUACAAUGCGCUUUAUAUGAAGCUCAAAGAUGCAACUGCAACAUACCGACUACUGUGCAAUUUAGAAUACCGAAUUUGGACAAUUAUCAAAAUUAUCCUUUUUAUUUCCCGUUACCGUACCCAUAUGCUAAUAAUGGAAAUAAACGAGCCUGUAACACUCCAGGGUGUAAUACAAAUAAUAGAGUUCAACCAAGCGAAGUUAAGAUUUCGGUUCCAACUGCCACAAAAUCUGGAUAUACCCACAUAACACUCGAUACCAAAAAUCCCAAUAGAUAUGGUUCUCAAUGCAAUAAACCGGUCAAUCCAACAAACACUAAUAUAGAUGUUUAUGUACAACUCGGUAAGACAAAUAAGAACAAUAAAAAUGAACCUGAAGCUGAAAGCGAAGCAUCUGCAACUAAGAGUAAAAAUGGUAAAGAAAUGAAGUCCAUAGUCAUAGCAAAAUAUUCACAGAGCAAGCUCAAAGUUAACGUUCACGUUAGAGAACCUUAUUAUAAUGAAAAUAAUGACGGAAAUAAACCAGAAGUGACUGGUGUCGGUUAUGCCACAGAUGAGGACGGUGAAGCAAGAGCUGUGGCCGAUGCUGAAGUUGAAGAUACCAACUAUCCAGCUAAAGAAGACUAUGCUGCAAAUGAAGAAGACGGUGCCAACGACCAAGCUAAAGAAGGCGGUGCCAACGACCAAGCUGAAGAAGGCGGUGCCAACGACCAAGCUGAAGAAGGCGGUGCCAACGACCAAGCUGAAGAAGGCGGUGCCAACGACCAAGCUGAAGAAGGCGGUGCCAACGACCAAGCUGAAGAAGGCGGUGCCAACGACCAAGCUGAAGAAGGCGGUGCCAACGACCAAGCUGAAGAAGGCGGUGCCAACGACCAAGCUGAAGAAGGCGGUGCCAACGACCAAGCUGAAGAAGGCGGUGCCAACGACCAAGCUGAAGAAGGCGGUGCCAACGACCAAGCUGAAGAAGGCGGUGCCAACGACCAAGCUGAAGAAGGCGGUGCCAACGACCAAGCUGAAGAAGGCGGUGCCAACGACCAAGCUGAAGAAGGCGAUGCCAACGACCAAGCUGAAGAAGGCGGUGCCAACGACCAAGCUGAAGAAGGCGGUGCCAACGACCAAGCUGAAGAAGGCGGUGCCAACGACCAAGCUGAAGAAGGCGGUGCCAACGACCAAGCUGAAGAAGGCGGUGCCAACGACCAAGCUGAAGAAGGCGGUGCCAACGACCAAGCUGAAGAAGGCGGUGCCAACGACCAAGCUGAAGAAGGCGGUGCCAACGACCAAGCUGAAGAAGGCGGUGCCAACGACCAAGCUGAAGAAGGCGGUGCCAACGACCAAGCUGAAGAAGGCGGUGCCAACGACCAAGCUGAAGAAGGCGGUGCCAACGACCAAGCUGAAGAAGGCGGUGCCAACGACCAAGCUGAAGAAGGCGGUGCCAACGACCAAGCUGAAGAAGGCGGUGCCAACGACCAAGCUGAAGAAGGCGGUGCCAACGACCAAGCUGAAGAAGGCGGUGCCAACGACCAAGCUGAAGAAGGCGGUGCCAACGACCAAGCUGAAGAAGGCGGUGCCAACGACCAAGCUAAAGAAGGCGGUGCCAGAAAUGGUAACCGCGGCCAAGCUAACCGGCCAAAUGAUGAUUGA